CAAAUCAUGUUUAAAAAUUUAAUCGUUUAAACGAUAUUAUAGUUAUAACUAUGAACAAUCGAUUAAUAAUCAUUUAUAAAUAAUAUAAUUAUAACCAAGAUUUACAAAUAAUGAUUGUAUUCAUAUUAGAAAUUAUAUUUCAUCAUAUUAAACGAGUUAUUCAAUCUAUUCUACUUGUUUUUUCUUAAUUAAACUAUGGAAAAUGUUUCGUUGAAAAGAUGAUAGAUUAACUGUAGAGUUUCAUAAAUCGAAUAUCUAUUGUUCGAAUUGUUUAUUAUGUUAGAAAUCGAUAUUUGUUGUCAACAAAAUCAAACUAAUUUGAAUUAUUUAGUCAAAACAAAUAAAGAUAUAAUAAUCGAAAUAAUUUAAUUAAACUAAAUCUAAUAAAUUGAAUAAAAAGAUAUAAAAAAAAAAGAAGAAAAGUGUUAUUUUUUUUGUUAAAGUUGUUGUUUAAAUGAUUUAUGUUCAAAUGAUGGAAGUAUAAUCGAUAAAUUAUGUAUGAUGUAUUGUUGUUCAUCGAAUAUGUGUCGAUUAAUAAUCGAACAACAUUUAAAAAAUGAUUUAUUUAAACGUCUUGAUAAAAAAAGAAGAUUUUUUUUCAAUGAAUUUAAUUAUUUGGAAACAAUUCAUGAUAUAAAUCGUCAAUAUGAUGAAAUUGUUUUAACAAAUAGUAUAAUUGAUGAAAGAAUUUUUUUAGAAAAUAAAUUUCAAUUAAAUGACUUAUGUAAUUCAUUAAAUGAAAAUCAAUAUUCAAAAUCGUCUCAAAAUCUAACAUCAUCAACAGCAAGUCAACAUAUUACAUCGAAUGAUUAUCAAACAAUUUCUUUUAAUCAAUAUUUAACAUUCAUAUCUCAAGCUAAUCAAUUAAUUAAAUUAUUAUAUUCAAUUGUUCAACAACAACAAACUUUUUUAGAUUAA